AUGAUUCAGUUUGCUCCUUACCUCUGCUUUCGAUCACUUUUGUCUGCCUUAUGCAUCUUAGCUUUUGGAAUUUUUUUCGGAAUUAUGUGCUGCUUCAGCUUCACUCGCAGAAUUUUGCUCAAGCACCCUAAGUCGUUCUCGCUUGGUCUUUUUACUGAAGAAGGUCCCGAUCGCAAUCAAUUGCUUACUGAGCGCUUCUCAAUUACUUUUGUUGGCCGCGGAUGGACGAAUGCAUCAAUUGGUCAGCCACUAGAAGAACACGCAUCCCCACCUAAUACUGAGAUAGUCACUCAAAUUGAGGGACCGGGUAAGUCCACAUAUUUGCCUUAUUUCAGCGCUGACCGUUUUGUUUAUACCGUCUGCUGGCGCGCCGUCUAUUGGGCUUUAUUUCUGUGGAUGCUUCUGUAG